CAACACACCUAAUGACGGAACAAGGUUUCGCUUCACCUUUACAGAGAGGAAGGAGCAGAUUUUAGGACCCUGUUGUCAACAGACUUUGUUAUUCAGACCCUUUCGUGAUAUUUCCGGUUCCUUUUCUCUGAAUGGAGGAUGGAGGAACGACACAAAAGGAUCCUUCAGAGCAACAGGAGCGUUCUGAUGGGAGGCUUGGAUCCGUCCAAACUCUAUGACGGCCUCCUUGAAAAGAGAGUUUUCACCCAAGACAUGAUCGAUGAGAUAAAGAACUCCGGGACCAGACGAGACCAGGCCAGACAGUUAGUCCGGGACCUGGAAACCCGCGGGAGUCGGGCCUUCCCAUUAUUCCUGCAGUGCCUUCAUGAGACUGGUCAGCAGAGUUUGGCUGAGAUCCUACAGAAUGGAGCUCCAGCAGCUCAGCUCCAGCCCAGUCCGGCUGCCCGCCCUGCUGUCCGGCCGCUGCCGCUCUCUUCUCCAAUGGACGCUGACAAGCUGAGCAGAGAGACUGUCCCUGUCUGUCCAGUACAGCAGCCCAGUACCACUCCCAGUCCAUCACCUGAGAAGGAUAGCCCAAGACCAAGGCCACAAGGCAGACCCAGGCGGGAUAGUAUCCAAAGCUAUAAAAUGGAUGCCAGCCCAUGUGGUCUUUGCCUCAUUAUAAACAACAUGGAGUUUGAGCCUCAGACCGAGCUGAGCAAUCGCAAAGGGUCCAACAUAGACUGUGACAAGCUGGAGAGCAGGUUCAAGGCGCUCAACUUCACCGUGGAGGUCAAGACCAACCUGAAGCAGAGACAAAUCAAACACGCGCUGUCGGCUUUGUGUAAGAAGGACCACUCUCAGUAUGACUGCUGUGUGGUGAUCAUGCUGUCCCACGGCACUGAGGUGAGUCACAACCGCUUCCCCGGUGCUGUUUACGGCGUGGACGGACAGCACAUCCCAGUCCAGCUCAUUACAAAUUACCUCAAUGGCCAGCAUUGUCCUUCUCUACAAGGCAAACCUAAACUCUUCUUCAUCCAGGCCUGUGGAGGAGAUGAAAAAGACACAGGCUUUGAGGUGUCGCCCGAUGAGGCUGCACCGUCCAUCGGCGGAGAAGACGACCAGACAGACGCCAUUCCGACGUCGUCCAGCAGCGACUCUCUGAGCACGUCUGAUGAAGUGGACGCCCGAGCCACUCUGCCCACCCCGAGCGACAUCCUGGUGUCCUACUCCACCUUCCCUGGUUACGUUUCCUGGAGAGACACCCAGGCGGGCUCCUGGUACGUGGAGACACUGGACCGUAUUCUGGAAGAAAACGCCAACACCGAUGACCUGGUGACGAUGCUGAUGAUGGUGAACCACGAAGUCUCUCAAAACUCUGCAAAAGGGCUCUACAAGCAAAUGCCUGGUUCCUUUAACUUCCUCCGCAAACUCCUCUACUUUCAAACCCAGAGAUAGAGGAAAAGUUCCACUCUCAGGGACUGCUGGUCUGAUUUGUUGCCAGAAAGCAUUACUUUAAUAUGUUGGCAUUACGUCUGAACAGAGCUGUACGAUUCUGACUGUGUUGUAGCUGUGAUUGUGUUUACUGAUCAUGUCUAUCGUGUUUUUCUAAAUGAUCUUUUUGGGGGUAUCGGUGACUUCUGGAACCAAAAUAUUUCUUUACUGUGAAACUUUUGUUCAGGUUGGUUUUUUAUGGACACGCUGUAGAAAGACUCUACUGCUGUGCACGAGCACUUACACGAUUAAGACGAGGCCGUGAUGUUUAAUCUGUGCUCUGCACUGAAUUUAAAAAGUCUGUAUACUUUGAUAUCAGGUUUGUUUACCACAGUGAUCAUGUCUAAAAUUGUAUAUUGUAAAAAAACAGCCGUAAAGGCAAAGAGAAGCCUUCUACUGACUAGACAUGAGCCACAGGACCUGGACGUCCUUCCACUUCUUCCUUUAAAUAUGUUUUAGGAGAGAAAGAGUAAACCUCUCCUGACAGCAGGAACAUUUCAUAUUCUUCAACUGCUCUGUUGUGCAUUUACUGUCAUGUGAACAAAUAAUGGUAAUCGUUGACCUUAUUGACAUAAGCAAAUGUUUAUUUCAUUAGGAACAGCGCCUACAGCAACAGGCGGUACAUGUACACUCAGACAAAUGACACAUUUUAAUUUUUAUCUAUGUUUUUAUAAUAAACGAGCAGAUCAGUCACA